AUGGCGAGCAUACCUGUAACUAUCAAGCAUCAGGGCAAGAAGUAUGCCAUUGAACUCGACCCUACAUCCAACGGCGAAACAUUGAAAUACCAGCUUUAUUCUCUCACUGGUGUCGAGCCAGACCGUCAAAAGAUUUUAGUUAAAGGUGGCCAACUGAAAGAUGACACCGACCUCUCGAAAAUAGGCGCCAAGCCAGGUCAGACAUUCAUGAUGAUGGGGACACCUGCAGAGGGGGGGACUUUUUCUAGACCAAAGGAAGCAAUUAAAUUUGUUGAGGAUAUGACCGAAGCAGAAGCUGCGCAACAGGUUGGCGCAACUCCGUCUGGACUGGAGAAUCUGGGAAAUACCUGUUAUCUCAACGCGACUUUGCAAACUCUCAGAGUAAUUCCAGAAUUACAAGAUACACUGCAGAAAUAUGCAUCUACUGGACGAGUUGGUUCUGAUAUCUUUUCCAGCGGUUUCAGCUUAGGACGCAAGGAUUUGACAGCUUCGUUGCGAGAUUUAUACAUCGAUAUGUCAAAAACACAAGAAGGGAUCCCACCUUUCACAUUUCUCGCCGCUCUACGAGAAGCCUUCCCACAAUUCAACGAGAAGGCGAAGGAUGGUCAUGGCCACGCACAACAAGAUGCUGAAGAAGCUUGGACGCAGAUCCUACAGGCCUUACGAUCGAAAUUGAAGAUUAAGAAUGAAGGUGGUAUCGUCGGGGGAUCUUCAUCUGCCGAAGUCUCUUUUGUCGACAAGUACAUGGCUGGAGCAUUCAAAUCUAUCACAGAGUGUGAUGAGCAAGGUGCGAAAGAUGCAGGCGAACAAAUAAUCAAUUCAGAGGAUGUUUUCUUGAAGCUGGAUUGUCAUAUCAGUGGCACAACCAAUCAUCUCCGAGAUGGAAUCGUGGCAGGAUUGGAGGAAAAGAUUGAAAAGAAUUCCGAAAUUCUUGGUCGCGAUGCUAUUUACACCAAGAAAUCGAAAAUCUCACGUCUCCCAAAAUACCUUACCAUCCACUUUGUCCGAUUCUUCUGGAAACGCCAGGUUCAAAAGAAAGCAAAGAUUAUGCGCAAGGUUACAUUCCCUGAUGAACUGGAUGUUGUUGAAUUCUGUACAGAUGAGCUCAAACAAAUGUUGAUCCCUGUUAGAGAUAAGCUUCGUGAGGUACGAAAGGAAGAGGAAGAUGUUGAUCGUGCUCGCAAGCGUCAAAAGCGCAUCCACGACAAAGAAGAAGCUGACAAAAAAGCUGGCAUCGUCGACGGAAAAGAUGAGAAGAAAGAGACCAAACCAAAGGAUGGCGAUACUAAAAUGGAGGACGUUGUCUACAAGACUGGUGCGGAGAUUGAUGCCGAAAAGGCUGCUGCAAUCUUGGAAGCCAAGAAGGAGCUGCAUGCAUUGAUCAAUCCCGAGCUUGCCAAGGAUGAUGGGGCUAACAAGUCUGGUCUUUACGAACUCCGUGGUAUCGUCACCCAUCAAGGUUCUAGCGCGGAUAGUGGUCAUUACACUUCAUAUGUGAAGAAGCAAGGGCCACUUGAUUCUAAGACUGGCAAACGUGGCGAGGAAGAUGGAAAGUGGUGGUGGUUUAAUGAUGAGAAAGUAUCGGAGGUUGAAGCUGAUAAGAUUACUAGUCUUGCUGGUGGUGGAGAAUCUCACUCUGCGCUUAUUUUGCUUUACAAGGCUAGUCCUUUACCUACUACCGAGGGUCUCAGUCAGUAA